UGGAUUUGACCAUAUGAAUAGUGAUUUCAAAUAGUGGAGGAGGAGUGAAUGGAAUUUACUCACUCCUGUUCAACUGGUUCGGGGUUUCUUAACAGCACUGUGGCAAUAAUCUUGUGCUCACACUGCUGGGAAGGUGAUAGAGGAAGGCGAUGCAAAAGGGUGUGACAGACCGGAAUUGAACCAGAUAGCAGUAUAGACUGAGACACCAGCUAACACACGGUGAACUCAGACGCCAGGAAUAAGCCAAUAUAUCAGCUAUCAGGACUUGCAACUUUCAGGACGUCUGAGCUUGUUCAGGAUUUAUCUUUGGUCUACUGACCGUCAUGUCCAGUUUCCUGUACUACCUUCUCCCAGCAGUAGGAGGCUACACCCUCAUGUCUUUCUACCUCCUGAAGAAUCCCCACAUCCUGCACAAGAAGAAGAAGACUGCCUUCUACUGCACCCACAUCUCACACAGGGGAGGCUCUGGUGAGAGAAUUGAGAGCACCAUGGAGGCUUUUGAACAUGCGGUGGAGGUGGGAACAGAAAUGCUUGAGUUGGAUUGUCACAUGACUUGUGAUGGUCAUGUGAUUAUAUCACAUGAUUACAACCUCCUGCGCCAGACUGGGCAAGAUGUCAACAUCUCAGAUGUAAAUUUAGAGGAGUUGCCAUCUUAUAAAGAAAGGCUUGAGGUCACAUUCUAUACAGGUCACUUCAGCACUGGCUUGGACAGGAGGUUCGCUCUGCUAGAGGAUGUCUUCCGCAUGUUUCCCAAGGUGCCUAUCAAUAUCGAGGUGAAAGAAGAAAACAAAGAGCUGAUUGAGAAGGUUUCCGCUCUUGUGAAGAAGUUUAAUCGAGAGUCCAUCACUGUUUGGGCGUCUGUGGACUCACGUAUUAUGAAGGCGUGUCGUAAAGUGAACUCUAGCAUGCCGUACAUGUUUACGGAGAUGCGCGGUCUGCAGCUGCUCCUGCUAUACUACACAGGCCUCCUGCCUUUCAUCCCACUGGGAGAGAGCUUCCUGCAGUUCUACCUGCCUCGCAUCUUCAACAGAACAUUCAUACCAGAUUCUCCCAUUCUUAGGAACAGAAUGGUCAUCACACUAAUUGAAAAACUGACUAUGCGGAGAAGCUUGUUUCAGCACCUCAGAGACAGAGGGAUUCAGAUACAUCUGUUUGUGUGUAAUGAAGACCAGGACAUAGAGGCUGCAUUUGCAGUAGGAGCAACUGGAGUCAUGACUGACUACCCCACUCUGCUGUCAGACUACAUCAGACGGCACAGAUCACAUGAAUGACACACACAUGCACAUUAUAUGUGAACAGUGAUUAUUCUAUCCAUCCAAACAGUUAAAGCUGUUUGGU